AUGGUGCCAUUUAAUAUUGUUUAUAUAAAAAUGAUGCAAAAUGUGCAUCUUGCACCUGGGGCUGAUGAAGAUGAUCUUUAUUCUGGCUACAAUGAUUAUAAUCCCACGUUUGACACAGAGGAUUUAGAAAAUGAUAUAGCUUUUCAACAGGCAGCAAGAACAAGUCAUGGUAGAAGACCUCCUGUGACACCCAAAAUUCCUGGUACAUCAGCUUCAAGACCUUUAGCUACUGGAUUUGGGUCAAAGGCAAGUUUGACUUCAUCUAUGGGAAGACCCAUGACAGGAGCUAUACAGGAUGGAGUUGCUCGGCCAAUGACAGCAGUGCAUGCUGCAGGCUACACCAAGGCAGCUAUGAGAGGUUCUUCAUUUGAUCCUCUUGGCCAAGCAAGAGGUCCUGCUCCACCUCUGGAAAUGAAAAAUUCAGACAGUUCAGAAGAGAAGAUUAGGCAGUUGGAAAAAAAAGUUAUUGAACUUGUUGAAGAAAGCUGCAUUGCCAGCAGCUGUGGAGACCUGAAAUUGGCUCUGGAAAAAGCAAAAGAGGCUGGAAGAAAGGAAAGAGUAAUGGUGAGACAACAUGAACAAACUGCUGCUCCAGAAAACAUCAACUUAGACCUCACUUACUCAGUUCUUUUCAAUCUGGCCAGUCAAUAUGCUGCUAAUGAAAUGUAUGCUGAAGCACUGAAUACUUACCAAGUUAUAGUGAGGAAUAGGAUGUUCGGCAAUGGAGGUCGACUGAAGGUGAAUAUGGGAAAUAUAUAUUUAAAACAACGGAACUAUUCCAAAGCUAUCAAAUUGUACCGUAUGGCUCUAGACCAGAUUCCUAGUGCCCACAAAGAGAUGAGGAUUAAAAUAAUGCACAAUAUCGGAGUUGCAUUUAUUAAAACUGGCCAGUAUGUUGAUGCCAUUUCUUCAUUUGAACAUAUAAUGAGCACGUCCCCAAACCUGAAGGCAGGCUUCAACUUGAUUUUAUGUUAUUUUGCUAUUGGAAACCAUGAGCAAAUGAAAAAAGCCUUCCAAAAACUGAUUGCAGUUCCCUUGGAAGUGGAUUUUGAUGAUAAAUAUAUUUCACCAAAUGAUGAUCCACAUACAAAUCUACUGAUUGAAGCCAUUAAAAAUGACAGCUUAAGACAAAUAGAAAAUGAGAGGAAAUCCAUGGCAGAGGAAUACAUCAUGACAGCUGCUAAACUCAUUGCACCAGUAAUUGAGACAUCUUUUGCGGUGGGCUAUGACUGGUGUGUUGAAGUAGUGAAAGAUUCCCACUAUGUAGAGUUAGCCAAUGACCUGGAAAUAAAUAAAGCCACUACUUACUUGAGGCAGAAGGAUUUUAACCAG